AAAAUCUAGGUUGAACUAACUACCGAAAACUGGACAUAAUUUAUCAGUAGGACGCAAGUACAAAAACUACUGUUAUAUGAUCGCCAUAUAACGUGUCCCACAGGAGAGACGUAUUGACUGAAAUGGGUUCAAUACGUACACAGUAGUGUCAGUUUUUGUCGGACUAAAUGGCAAGUAUUUGUUUUAAUAAGAUGCAGCGAAAUGAACCAGCGCAUGAGACAGACAGCACUAACUGCUGCUGUGGGAUUGUUGAGAACAGAAUAACGCCUUGCAUCCUUACACCCAUUCCAAGAUUCUCCAGUAUAUUAAACGUAUGGCUCAUUGUGUGGAACAAAUGCGGCAAUGUGUUUUACUGUGCUAUUAAUUCCCACGGAGACUGGCAUGCAGCACCCCACACUGCUGAAAUCUACCGGCGUUUUCUUAGUUUUUCGAACGAAAACUGUUCCUGUCUGUGAAAUGGUGAAAUGAUCCACUUAGCUUGGUGAUGUACUUGAUUCAUAUAAACGGGAACGUCUUUGCUUUCUUCGCUUGACGUUGUGGAAAUUUAGUGAGAUCACUGGGUUUGUCGAGAUGUCACUGUUUCAGAUAUGCAGAACAAUUUAAGUACCGGAAGUCUCACAACUUAUUGUUUUUUGCUGCUCGUAACAUGCCUAGUGCAGAGCAGACUAGCAAAGGUUGUGCCGUGGCGCCCCCUGUGUGACAACCGUGUCAUGGACAGAUACAUCAGGGAAGCGAAAGACCUGUUGAAGGCGCCGUGUAACCAGACAUUUCGGUUUCCUAAUGUAAUUCCUCUUCCAAGUACUGGUCUUAAUCUGCGAGUGUGGAGAUCCAAAAGUAAACAUAUGAAAAAUGAAGAAAUUAAGGCUGGCCUAAUUAUGCUAUCUAAUGCAACUCAGACCGCAAAACACUUUAUCGCUAAUGGUUCAACAAAACCUCUCUUAGAUACAAUUUACAGGAAUACUAGAACUUUCAUCCACAUGUUGCAAUUGAUGGAUGUGCCGGACACAUCAAAUCGGACUUAUGAACUUGCAAGGCCAUUAAUGGGAAGAACUGUACAGAAUGUAUUAUACACAUACACUCGCCUGAUGUGUGGAAAAAUCAAUAUAUUUUACCGGGAAAUGGCAGAAGAAUAUUGCAAAAUGAGAAAAUGGUGACAACAACCAGCUUCCUGCAUGUGGGUGCACUUUGUGGAGUUCAGCACUGAAUUUUUGGAGUAUUGUGUGCAUUGGAAGAGAAGGAAAAUGCAAGUUCUUAAGUUAAGAAAAGUUGCCAAAUGCUUGUUGCAAUUUCCAACAAGUUCCAAGACCUCACGUGGAUGCACAAGGAUGUGGUCGCAACAUGGAGAAUAUGUCAUCCAACUUACUUUGGCAGUUUUCUAUUCAUCUUUUAUAAUCUGGAACCUUAAUAGGCUUGUUAUUAUAUUUUGUUACAAAAUAGUGAACUUGCUUCAACCAAAAUAACAAUUGCAAUUUAUCAAUCAGAGUAAUCUUUGUUGAGUCCGAUCGAGCAUAUGUUACACAUAAAAUAAUAUUACUGAUUCUUAAAAAGAACUGCUGGGUUAUGAAUUAUAUAUCUACAAUUUAUGACAACAAUGAAUGAUUCAGAAGUGCUGCAAUGGAAUUGC